AUGACUGUGAGUUUUGUUUCCGUUUUGACUUCGUCGUCUGUCUACUCAGACGUAGAAAAUAAGGAGAAUGUCGAGCCCAAGAGCAGCUGGAGCUUUAUCAACCCGUACUCCCAGAGCCUGUGGUUUUUGUCAAGGGGCAAUCAAGGCGAGGAGAUCAAAGAGAUGCAAAAACGCACGCACGAGCCCAGCAGGUUUAGGCAGAAGACCAAAAAAUUACAGGAGCUCAGCAUCCCUACAAGAGAUAAAUCGCUGCCCCCAAUACCCCCUAAACUGCUGCAAGACUUCCCAACGCCAGAGAUAUCAGAAUUUCGGGACUCAAACAGCCAGCUUGUAAUUAGCACAGAACAGCAGUAUUUGCAGGACUUGGAUCUUCUGAAUGCCGUGGCGGCCUCGUUCGCCGACUACGUGAACGAAAGGGGCAUUCCCAUCAAGUCUACAGAGAGUAUCGUGCUAUUCGGCAACAUCAGUCUGAUGAUCAGUCUUAGCGAGCUGCUUGUGAAGAAUCUAGCAAGUGGCCAUGCUCUUGUGCAGACUCUGAAUGACCAUUUCACCAGACUUUCCCAGGUAUACCCGUCUUUCUUUGCGUUGCAGGGACGCAGACUAGAGAUCCUGGACUCGGUAAAAAACGACCCGCGAUUUGACGACUGGUUUGCCGGCCUCAAUGGUCUUAAAGUCGAAAAGCUGCUCAAGGUGCCUGCGAACCGACUUUGUGCGCUGCGAGACACACUAGCCACACUGGGGCUAUUGGAGGAGUGUUCAAAACUCAGCAGACUAGUUGAGAUUCAAAACAGCCUGCCCUCGCCACUGGCAUCCCCAACAGUGAUACUAAGCGUUCCGGAAAGCUGGAAGCAAAAUAACAAGCACAAAUGGAAGGAGGUCGCCAAAGAGCCGUUUGAAUACCAGCAGCUUGCGUACUUUCAGCACGAGUUCAAGGCUAUCCACAGUCUAUUUGAUACCACCAUCCGAUCGCUCGACAAGUGCCUAAAGCUCCAGAAACUGUCAAUGGAGUCCAAAUACAAUAUAGCGCUCUCGUUUGUGCGAUUCUCCCAGGACCUUCCCAGCAGCUACAACAGGAAAGAAACACAGCUUACCCCAAAAUCGCUCUUCUUUAGAGAAAACUUCAUCUCCUCCAGUUACGAGCUUUACUUGGAAAAACUCCAGAACCAGAACAACAAUGCGAAUAAAUUGAUGUCGCGGUUUGAGUACGAGCUGGGUCCAGUUGUGGAGGAGAUCAGCAACAUGCUUGAUUUCGUGGAACACAAAUUAUCAAAACUGCUGAGAGCAUUCAAUAAAUUGGACAAGGACAUCAAAGUGGACAAGCUGAUAAAACUACACAAGCUCAAUGGACUUCUUAAAAUUGCCAUUGGACUCAUUAUUGAAACAUAUGACCUGCACGUCAGUUCUUUCCUCGACAUAUACCAAGGACGAGCCGAGUCGGCAGAACGCAUAAUUGAGCAGUUCGUGGAGAUGCGACAGCAGAACAAACAGGUGAUAGUGUCAUGCGGGGACCUCCCAUUCAACAAAUCGCUAGCGUUGACCAAAGUUGUGCGGAAACUUUACAAUUGA